AUGAAUAGGGACUUGCAUAUGGUGUUCAUUGACCAAGAGAUGGCAUACAACAAAGUGCCAAGAGAGAUUUUAUGGAGGUGUUUGGAGGCUAAAGGUGUGCAUGCAGCCUACAUUUGGGUGAUUAAGGACAUGCAUGAUGGAGCUAAGACGCAUGUGAGAACAACAGGCGGAGACUCGGAACACUUUCCGCUUGUGAUAGGGUUGCAUCAAAGAUCAACCCUUAGCAUGUUUUUAUUUUUCUUGGCAAUAGACGCAUUGACUCGACACAUACAAAGGGAGGUGCCAUGGUAUAUGUCAUUUGUAGAUGAUAUAGUUCUGAUUGAUGAGAUGCGAGAUGUUGUUAACAAGAGUCUGGAGGUUUGGAGACAAAUUAUUGAGUCUAAGGGUUUUAAGUUGGGACUAAGAUGGAGUACUUGGAGUGCAAGUUCAGCAACGUUACCCAGGAAGCAUACAUGGAUGUGA